AUGGAUCCUACUGCUCCUGAACCCGAGAACCCACCGGCUUACAUCGCCGCAGCCCGCCGGCAUGGAAUACCGCUCCGGCAGAGCGCCCCCAUCAAACGGGGCCCUAUGCCCCUUCAGCUUCCCAUCCUUGAUCAUCUACGUACCAAGAGGGUGAUUUUGGCGUCGGCAUCGCCUCGACGAAAAGCUCUCCUCAACCAGCUUGGCUUGAACGACGUCGAAAUCUUCCCAUCAGACAAGCCCGAAGACGUCGAAAAGGGCAAGAUUACUCCCGAAGAAUAUGUUGCCGAGACGGCCCGCCGCAAAAUUCUGCACGUGUACGAGCAAGCCCUCAGGCAACAAGAAGAAGACGAGCAGAACAAAAACGUAGAGAAGCCUGCCGAUCCAGCCCUUGUCAUCUCCGCCGACACCGUCAUCGCUACACGCUCCGGUCGGAUCCUCGAGAAGCCGCGCGACGAGCAGGACCAUAUCCGCAUGCUGAAACACCUUCGUGACACGCGUGUGCACCGUGUGCUGACGGCUGUGUGCGUGCUCGCCCCAAAGGACAACGCAGCCCAUCCGGGAUAUGAGCUAGAGACGCACGUGGAAGACACUGAGGUUUACUUUGCGCAGGCCCGUGACGGACUGCCCGAUGACGUAAUUGAGGCGUACGUCAAGACGCGCGAGGGUGCGGAUAAGGCUGGCGGCUAUGCCAUCCAGGGAAUUGGAGGUAUGGUGCUGAUUGACAAGAUUGAGGGUAGCGUGGACAAUGUUGUUGGGUUGCCGGUUAGGAAAACCUUGCAGUUGGCAGAGAAGGUGAUCUUCAAGCAGGGUAUCGAAGAUGACGAUAUUGGCAGCGAUGAGGAGGACGAUGACGAAGAACCCUAUCAAGACUGAUGCGGGGGUACCAACUGGUCGAAGCUGCCGAUAAACACAGGGACGGGAGCCCUGACCACGGUAGUUCUACUAACUAAUUGACCGGGGGUGAUGGAAUGAAGGGGCCAGGCGCCCAUACAGAGCUUAGAACGUCAAUAUACGAUAGACAAA